UUUUUGCAGGUGAAUCACUUUAUAGUUCACUCUUCUACAAUAAUAAUUCCCACCACACAUUCCUAUGAUCAGUGAAUUGCCUUUUUACUCCUUGCAGUUGAUUUAUUGAAUGUUUUAAGUUUUUAUGGUGUUAACCAAAUAACCAGCUGAGCUAAAACUAAAAACAAUUAACAACUAGAUACAUUUUUGCAAAUUGAUUUUAAAUACAAAACAAAAUAUAGUUUAAAUGUGCGAUGGUGGUCCAAGUGACUCGGAGUUGGAAUGGCGAACUAAGCCAGAGUAUACAAUUGACGAGAACGAGAAUUUGACCCCAGUGCCACCAGAACCAGACAUUGGAUUAUUGGAUAUUUGUGUGGCUCGAAUAAUAGAUGUGACUCCCCACCCCAGACACUACGAAACCUUCUACAUCCAAACUCUGGAUACUGGACGGUACUCGAGGAAAAGAAAAGCUAUAAGCUUGUUUGGGCAGGACUACAAACCGUCCGAGCUGUUAGGUAGACUUGUACUAACUGUUUUGAAUGUUCGACCACUGCACUCUCGAGAUCUGGUCAAAAGGUUCUUGCUGAUGUGUGCUCAACAUCGUCGCACUGGCAGGGUGGAGCUGCUAGAUCCCCCACUGGGGAGUGUGGAGGGAGACGCAGUAUUCGUGGAAGGAUUCCGCCGAGAGCCACUUGAUGAAAUAUCGCUUGGCAAAUACGAAAGGAAAAGCACAAAACAUUACUUCCUCCCUUAUAAAAAGUGGAACGAUACAUUUCACUGCGAGGACUUUGACGAAACCAAGAGCAUGUUUGACUCAACGGCUAGUGAACUUUGGGUGAGCAAGGAGAAAGUAGCAGAGUUUAUGGGGUUGCCGCUGCAAGUGGAGGGUAAAGGCGUAGUAACCUCCCGGACACUGAAGAAUUGCCCAGUAGUGUUUGAGUGAACAGGGAAUGCCAGAGCUUUAAAAUUGUAUGGACAAAAUCAUAGGAAUCUGGAAAGUAGUUCUUGUAUGGGAAGAAGAAUAUGCUUUGUACAUAGUUUUGUAAUUUGUAUUAGCAAUAAUAUCUCUUUUAUAUUUU